UCUCCAUCAGGCCGCCGCUCUGAGCCUUUUGAUGUCCCCAUUUAAUGUAGAGAGCUGCAUCUCUCACAUUUGAUAAGACAGUUGGGAGCCGUCGAGGAAGCGUCUACAGAGAGUUAAUAUUCCAAAAUAAACAUUACAUUAAAGUUUUGGAAAGUGGUAGCCUAUAAUUGAGAGAGUUUAUAAAAAGAUAUAUAUAUAUAUAAUAAUAAGUGGAAUAAAUCAAUAGGCACGCGCGUAAUGGCAAAUCUUUUUUCCAACAAAACCAUGAGGCUCAAGUGGAUGCGCGUGUCUCUUUUGAUCUUGGUUCUAUUCCUGGGUGACUCCCGUGGCUCCCAGGUGAAGUUUGGCCGCUUGGACCGGUGGGUGAAGACCGGGUUUCAGUACCUGAAGUUAAACCUGUGCCGCAGAGUAUCUCUGUCUGAGGGCGAAUGUAAGCGUCUGUCCCAUCUUCAGCUCAGCGGGGUGGCCGUGUACGUUUCCGAGCCAAACUCCGAGAAAGUACUCGCCAUUCUCCCAGAUUCCUAUUCUUCUGGGAUGCUACCGCCGAAGCAGGGCGGUUACGGUAUGAGUUCGGUACUGGAGGACAGUAGAAGACAUCACGAUUUCUUCCCGGGAUCGACUGCGCAUGAUGCCGUAUUGGUGUUGGAUCCCAGUCCCGGAGAGAGUUUCGGACAUCCUGUAGUUCUCUUUUAUGUGGACCUAAACACGACCAAGAAGAAAUGUGCACAUAUGGAUGGAAUGUAUUUAGGAGAGGAGUGUCUGACCCUGGCCCUAAAGAGUCGCUGUCAGAACCAGCUGAAGCGUCGUCAGAGCGGCAGCGAGAGGCUGGCGGGGAGCGGGCGCGCCCGCAGGGCUACCGUGUCGAGGCCCAGGAGCAGCCCGGGGAGGAUGGAGAGCAGCGGGGCUCUCUGUGAGAUACAUUUCCUUCCCAUGGUGGUCGGGGUCAGGGACAACAACCGGACGCAGAGGCUACGAUGCGUGGACCACCCAGACUUUGCCCAGUGCCCCCAGCCUCUGCCCCUCACCAGCCCCAACAUGCCAGUGUCCAGCUGUGAGCUCAACAAGAACACCAGGCGAUGCCACCAGCAGCCCCUGGCUACACACCUGUCCUGUCGUCUCUACCAGACCUGUGACCACGCUAUACUGCUCUCAGGCGGAUGGCAGCAACAGAUCACGUACCAGCGUCACGUUCAGAACCUGCAGCUCUUCUACAGGAUGCUGAGGAACAACGGUUUCCACAGAGAUCACAUCAAGACCUUCUUCGCUGGGAACGGACAGCUCUCAGAGGAGUGGGUAUACCCAGCUACAGAGAAACGAGUGAUAAGGAACCACAUCUCUUAUAUCUGUGGGAAGCAGCACUGUGCAGACUCCCUGGUCCUCUACCUCAACAGCCCCACCAGGAACGACGGGACCAUGCUGCUCUGGGACGGCAACUACAAUGGCAUAGCGGACCUGAAGGAGCGCUACAGUGUGGGAGAGCUGCUAGCGGACUUGGCAGGCUGCAGGGCGAGACGAGUACUAGUCUUCGUAGAGCAGAGUUACAGCGGGGCGCUCAGUAAGAGACUGAAAGCAUCUCUGAAACACCUGAAUGUGGUGCUGCUCAACAUAGCCGACAGCUGGGCCUCGCUGCACCCAGCAACAUGCCUUAGAGACCACCUGAGUAAGGAUUCAGGGAUGUACCGCCUCCUCGACCCCAAAUCCAGCCUUUUGGAUGUCAACCUAUCUGGUGCGCCCUGUAACACAACUCCACCUCUGAGCGAAGCAGAGAUGAGGAAGGAGUACAUGGGCUGUCAGAACCUCCCCACCGCUCUGUGGUACCAGAACCAGAACCAGAACCUCCCCACUGCUCUGUGGUACCAGAACCACAACUAGAUC